GUAAGUUUAACAGAUUUUCCAAAUAAUACUUUAAAUUGGUAUAGUAUGAAAUAUAGUAUAAUGUAUUGCUGUCUUUUAAAGUUUAGGAUGGGCUGUCCAACUCCUACUCCUACUAAAGCACCUGUCAAUCAUAUUAAUAAAAAAACAGCCAAUGCAGCUUUUCGUAUGCCACCCUCUGAUGACCCAAUUAUGCAUCAUUACUCGUGCGGUGGGCCGCCGGAGGGGACAUGCCUAUAGAGUGCCUGACUCACUCCAAACACAGACCAGUGACACUGAAACUAUAGCCAAAAAGGAAAAGUUCGUUUGGGAUUAGAUUAUUUUAAGCAGUUACUUGUUUGUAACGUCAUUUAAUUAAACGUCUGUUCAGUGGAUGAUCAAUUAAAAUGCAGUGGACUUCGGAGGCAGUUCGCGCGUGCAGCGGAUGGACGUAGCGCGCGCGCGGUGUUCUGAUGCGCGCGCAGCGGCUCCGGCUCACUCUCCGCCCGCUAGACAUGAAGAGAUUCAUCGGUGUGUCGCAGCUGGCCGCGUUCCUGCUCUACUUCCCUCUUGUACAGGUUUCUACCAUUCUGGGCAGUUCCCACUCCAAAGUGAUGCUGUUCCCGGAGACCUGGAGCCGCAGUCUGUGUCACUCCAUGGAGCAGAUGGUGGAGGUGGAACAGGAGUAUCCCGGAGGCGUGGAGCACAUGUUCAGUCCCGGCUGCGUCCCGCUGCUGCGCUGCUCCGGCUGCUGCAAUGAUGAGAAACUAGCCUGCAUCCCUAUCCGCACGCGCAACAUCACCAUUCAGCUGUUGAGAAUCACUCCAGCGGAGAGGAGCAGAGAAUAUGUGCUGCUGUCCUUUCAGGAACACCAGACCUGUGAGUGCAGGCCCAGACGACACCACUUGAGAAAUCAACACAACCAGAGACGGAAGGGUAAACGCAGGAGGAGACGGAGAGGGAGGAAAGACAGGGAUUGAGACGCUGCCGGUGUCAGAUGUGACGAUCACUUUGGCUCCUUCAUCAUCAUCAUCACAAGCACUUCUGGACAUUAGCGUGGACAGAACGGCCGGCGGUUUGCAGUUUGACACAUAUAACGAUCAAGAAACAUUUUUGUUUAUUAUAUAUUGCAAUUACUAUAAUGAGUUGAUCAGACACAUCAUCUAUUUACAGGUAUGUUUGGAUUGUCAUUGAGAAAUGUGUGUAAGAAUAAAGCUGCUCAGGCGUUAUCAGGGAAUACACACGUGAGCACAUGUAAAAUACUUUACCUUGGUGUUGCUCACGAGUUCAAAAGUCUGGUUUCUUUAUGAUAAAAUUGUUUAAAAAAAAAGGCAAUGGGGUCAGUCCUACUAUUACUAUAAAGUGCAUGUUCAUGUCCCCAUCAUAUGUGUCUUAAUAUAUUUUAUAAAACAAUAAACUCACAAUAUUUAAAGAAAUAAAUCAGAUUUGUUUUAUCAGAAUGGA